CAACAAGAUAUUAAAGAGCAUUCUGAUGUCAUAUCUUACUUGAGGGAAGAAGGAAAUAAAAACAAAAAUACGGAAACCAAAGUAGAAAAGUUAAUUUCAAUGCAUAGCGUCACUUUCAAGAUCCUUAACCAAAGGUUGAUGCCCGUUGAAAAUUUAAUUCAAUUUUUUAAUCAAAACUUGGCAAGUAGGCAGAUGAACAUACAAAAGGUAACAUGUUUAGUACCUAACGCGACUGUUCCCUUUGAGAGUCUACAAAGCCCACACAAUCUAUCGACAUGCUCUCGUGACAGGAGUAUUGUUUGAGACCAUUAUAAACAAAUUAACAAAGCUGCUUUCGUUCUUUACAACAUUAAAAAUAAAGAUAAUCACUUUUCUUAGGUUCAAUUUGCUAUCUUGUUGUUUUUUUCUGUAAAUUUAGAAAAAAAUAAGUUGUAAAAAGUAUAUGACACUAUUUUGAAAUGAUGAGAUGUCAUCUACUGUUUUUAGCUUGCAACCCUGGAAAAUGAUAUUUUGAGAAUGUCAAAUGAUGUAGAUUCACUUAGACAAGACAUCAAAAGCCACUCUGUUGUGACUUUAACUCUACAAGAUGAAGGGAAGAAAAAUAUGGCCAAUACUACAGACCAGUUAGUAGCUUUAACUACAAAGGUUGAAACUCGAGAAAGUGAUAUUUUAAAGCUGUUACAAAAUUUUAAGAAAAUGGAGACCCGGGUAUGUGAGCCUUACAUUUGUCAAAUUCACCUGAAAAACGACACAAUAAUAACUACUGGAUCAAUUAUUUCUACAUUCCAUUUCGUGUGUGAAUCUAACGGCAGCCAUUUUAAUAAAACCACAGGGAAGCUUGUAGCACCAGAUGAUGGUUUCUAUCUUGUGAUUGUAACGCUGCAGGAAUUGGAAAAGAAACUGAUUAUAAUUAGUUUGUACAGGGAUGACAUAUUGUGUAAGAGCUUUGUUGUUAACUCUGCCAACACAUCUGCCGCUGGAUCAGCUAUUGUUAAUAUGAACAAAGGCCAUGUACUUUAUUUUAAAGUCCAUCAAGCAAAUGACGGAGCCAAGCUACAAGCAGGCAGUGGCUUCACUAUUAUUAGGUUAUAACUAAUGUAAACA